CACUAAUAGAAUAUAACCAUAACCUGAAACAAACUUUCAGCAAACAUGAAACGUUAAAUAGACGGAAUAACUUUGCUUUAGACAAAUAUAAAAAAUUCCAAAUUACAUGUAAAAAUGCAGUCCUCUUUCGACAAAGAUACAUGCCUUUGCUUCCUUACAACUCAAUUGCCAUGCCCGGCGCCGUCUUCGCUAUCCUUGCCGGUUGAGAACGGUUGCUCGAAAUAUUACCAAGAAAUAGGGGCGGAGAUGCUCGACAAUCAAUUGCUCAUCAAACUGGAGAAAGACAAGAGCAGGCUGAGAAAGAAACAGCGCGAAUGGAGUCCACCUUGCGACUGCGUUGAAAUCCAAAGACCGACGAGCAAAACAGGCCCUAAAAUCAUCAACGCGCAUUACGAAGAUCGCGUUGUAUUUCGCGUUCACUCCUCCUGUCAGAUCGGCAAGCAGGAGGAAUCCGCUUACAAAUCACAAACUAUCGCUUAUAAAAUUGAAUCGUGCAGAGAUGAACAGGACAGUCACCAAUGUAAGACCAUCACGGUGUAUCCUCAGAAAGAUGUUCCAGGCUCCCAAGAAGUAUACACUAAUCAUAUAACAGAGGGAAAUGAGGAUAUCUUCUUGUUGCGAGUAAAAAAGAAAAGUGAAUCGCCCGAUCAGAAAAACAGAAACAUCGAGCUUGAACUCAGGACACCAAAAGCACCAAAACUGCCAAAACCUCCAACACUGUCACCCACGCAAUCUACGGUUACAUUAACACAACCAGAAGUUGUGACCGAUUUCAUUGUGGAAGACGUAAACGAACAUCUGAAGAAACCUAAAAAACUUAAGAGACAACUAAAAAAGAAGACGAAAAAGAAAUAGUCGAUAGCUGUAAUGCAGAGAAUAAGAAUACAAGAGAACGACGUAAAAAUAAGAAUCAAAUGUAACUGUAUUAGAUCGCACGAAAAGAAUUAGAUCGCUCGGUUAAAGAACACGAUUUUGGAAGUGCUUCCUUAUAUUGUAUCUUUCUAUGUAAAGUAGAAGUUGAUAUUAUACGCAUAUUUGCGUUAUUUAUAUUAUUUUAUCUUUCUGUAAAUCAUAAUUUGCGUAAUUCAUGGAUGUUUUAAUUUAUUUCACACUUCCUUUUUGUAAAAAAUGUACAUUUACUGUGAUUAUAUAUCAUCCAUCAUGGACGGCUGCAGUAGGAGGAGGUAUUCCCGUGGUAACAGCGGACGCAGCGAUUUUAUAAUGAGCGCGACUCAAGAAAUUCUCCGGGUACUCGAAGAGCGCGUGUCUGUGUCUCGGACGGCCGACGACGACGAUUCAGGGAGUAUUCGAGGAACUUCGAGCCGCUCGUAUGUGCUGCCUCGGCAUUGUCACAGAUUCACUCGAGGUCGUCACGGUCGGUGGGUCACGAGUACAUCUCGCUCGAGUCGUCCCGUAGACGUCUGCCACACGAGAUAUCUGUCACGACGCACAAGAUUCAAACAUACCAAAAGGAGGAUGGAUGUCGCGAUUAUCAGCGUGCACGAGGAGGUAGCGAGACGAACCGGCAGAAAAGGACGAGGGGAAAAGGGAGAACGGAGACGUGAGUGUAAGAAAAUGUGUGGGCUGUUACGUAAUCAUGAAUGGCGUGGGAGUUCAUAAAGGUGUCGUUCGCAUUCUGUGUGGUCGCGUUUAAGGGCUGGCGACAAUGGCGUUGGCCAAUAAAUUAGGACGCCACGAGGAAAGGACGCGCACUCUCUGGAGACGAGGAGACAGCGUGACGAGCGCAAUCGCGACGACGGAUGAAAAGCUACUCGGUUUCCUCCGACUGGAAGAGAAGAUGCCUGCGGUCGCUGAUGAAUGAAGCGACAAGUGACCGCGAUAUUAUACGUGGGACAACUCUCUACACGGGCAAAGGACGGAAUCUCAAGGCGCGGCCUCGGACGUUCUCCGGGAUGAAAGAGCGGCGAUAACUCAUGGACCACUUGAGAAACGCGUAAAAUCGAGAUAUUUUCGCACGGUUCGAUAUAAACGGAGAUUGAAUGCGUAUGAAGGAGCUCGUAACACUUCGAUUAAGGAGAUUUCUUGCGUCAUCGUCGAUCGACGUCGUACGAACGAGACGUUUCUUUCGAAAAUAAUCGUGUAGUCAUCUCGAUGUGACGCAGUGUGAAUUCAGUUUGGCGAAUCGGUUCGACCGAUCUUGAUUCGUGCUUGCCCUCUUCGAGACUGAAUUUAUUACAAAUCCGAAGAUAAUGCUUUAAUUUUAAAGUGUCAUGAGAAUAUAACUUCUA